AUGAGGUUCACUGCCAUUGCUGCCCUUCUCCUCGCUGCCGUCGCAAGCGCACAGUCUCCUAUUCUCACGAACUGCGCACCUGGUACCACGGAAAUGACGGUGACAAGCGUCUCCUUGAGCCCCUACCCUCUGUGUACCAACAAAAAUGUCUGUAUCACUGCCACCGGAACACUCAGCACCUCUAUCGUUGCCGGCGCCAGUUUGUCGAUCUCUGGUAGAUAUUUGGGACGCGUCGUCUACACCGAUAAUCAGGACCUGUGUAAUCUCCUUUACGUUCAGGGACAUCCCUGCCCUGUUCCCAUCACCGUCACCAGCCUUACUGUCUGUGUUCUCGUCAAGCCCACUGCCCCUACUAGCAUUCCCGUUGUGCUGACUAUCAAGGCCAUCAACGGCAACGGCAAUGUGCUCUUCUGCGUGACCGGCACAAUUACUGCCCAGAACUGCCCUUAA